AUGGUCCCCUCCCCCUCCCCCUCCCCGUUCCCCUCCCCGUUCCCGUUCCCCUCUUGGGGCUCCCGUUUGGGCCGGGGCGCUCGCCGGGCGCUGCUCCGGGGGGCUCUGGGGCUCAGUUUGGGCCUUUUGCUGCUUUGGGCGGCGCUUUUCCUCUACGGCUCCUUCUACUGGGCCUAUCUGCCCGCGGCCAUUCUCCUGUAUGGCCAGAUUUAUAGGAUUUCUCUGGAAUUGGAGCUCCCGGAGUCCGGGGUCAAUCGGGAUCUCGGGAUGUUCAUGGUGGGGCUGACGUGUUACGGGAACGGGGGGAAAACGUUGGCGACAGCAGCGAGAUCGGCCAUGCUGCACUAUCGUUCCCGUCUCCUCCGGGCUCUCCACACCGUGGCCUUCGCGGGGCUUUUCCUGAGCGGCUUCGCCGAGCAGAGCCAGACCCUGGAGGUGGAGCUGAUGGGAAGAUACAGAGAGGAUCCCGUGGGUUUUUUGGGGAAAAAAAUGGGAUUUAUGGGGGUAAAAAUGGGAUUUAUGGAAAAAAAAAGGGAUUUAUUGGGAUAAAAAUG